GAACAUGCUUAAUUUCAUUGCAUCCAGCAGCCUCUGUCAAAAAAAAAUAAAAACUAUCAAACCCCACCCGGGGGGGGGGCGGUGUUGGUUCGGGAAUGGGUCACAUUAUAACGAUGCAGCGUUUCAAUUUCUAAACGGAUAGGGUUUUUUUAACGAUGAGCGCACGUGGUAGCGGUGUGGGUUACAGUAUCUGUCGCAAGUAAAUUCAUCUUUGUAAUUGGAAUCCGCUUUGCCAGUGCCGUGGCGGGUCACAAUCACACACACACACACACACACACACACACACACACUCACAUCCGCCGCUAGUGUUGCUGCCGCUGCAAGUCUAGACUUCAUCGGUGACUGUGAAUCUGAUCAAGUACGCUGGCUUCGUACCAUAUUCCUUUUUAGAUCGUAACCUCUAUACUGCUGCAGUCUGCUGCUCUGAUUGCUUGAGGAAUGUCAAGGUGAGAAUAAACUAGCUCAUAUUAUACCAAUGUUGAAAAAUAACCGUAUACAGUACUUCACUAAACAUGUUCCACAUGCAAUGUGUAUUGUGUCUACAGAUGUGGUGUUUAAUGUUAGGAUGCGAGCGAUACCUGCAUUGCAAGUCUUAAUAUUGUUAUUGUGCGCCGCGUUGCGUUUUGUGCAGUGCACAGGUAGUGGUAAUUACACAGAUGGUGCUGGCAGGACCUCCUUGGCACAGUGAAAUAUCCGUUGCAGCACAGACAGACGAUGUCUGGAUAUUUACACAAGAGCGGGAACACAUUUGCAGACACGCCAGUUGUGAAAGAGCGAAUCCUCCCCAAUGAUCUGCGUGGAACCGUGCCAGUGGUGAUCAUCGGGAAUGGCCCCUCUGGGAUCUGCCUGUCUUACUUGCUGUCAGGAUACACCCCUUACUUAGCCCCGGGAGCGACUCACCCAAACCCUCUCUUGCUGAGAAAGCUGGAGGAGAGGCCGGAUGUGUCCCUGCUGGAACAGGAUCUCGAAUACCUUUCUGAAGGUUUGGAAGGCAGGUCCUCGAACCCGGUCGCGGUCCUCUUCGACACGCUGCUGCUGCCGGAUGGGGAUUUCGGGCGGGACUGCGCCUCCUCGCUGCAGUGGCGAUGGGAGUGCGAGCGGAGCGUCCCGCACCUGGUGCUGGGGAAGGGCCCCCCUGGUGGAGCGUGGCAUGCCAUGGAGGGUUCAAUGCUGACCGUCAGCUUGGCAAACUGGAUGGAGCUGCCAGGCCUGAAGCUCAAAGACUGGGUCAGAGACAAACGCAGAAACCUGCGGAUUGACCGAGCCACCCCUGCUGAAAUCGCCUCAUACUACCAGCACUUUGUGUCUGAGACAGGCCUGCAGAGCAACUUUGUGAGCCACACCGUGGUGACGUCAGUGCGAAGGGCGCUCCGCAGAGAGGGCAGGCGCGGCUCCGUGAACCAGGAGCACGGAGAGCAUCCCAGGACAGCCUGGGAGGUGCGCGGCUACCAGAGAAGCAGCGAGGGCCUGGAGCUGCCCUUCGCGGUGAGCGCGGAGAACGUGGUGCUGGCCACCGGCACACACGACGAGCCCGCCAGGCUGGGGGUGGAAGGGGAGGACCUGCCCUUCAUCUGCCACAGCUUCUGGGAGUUCGAAGCUGCCAUCGCCAGGGGCCAGGUGGACCAGCACUCGGACCCGGUUCUGAUCGUGGGGGCCGGGCUGACCGCUGCGGACGGCGUGCUGACGGCUCACCACCUCAACAUCCCCGUCUACCACGCCUUCCGCCGCGCCGUCACCGACCCCGCCCUCAUCUUCAACCAGCUGCCCAAGGUGCUGUACCCCGAGUACCACAAGGUGCACCAGAUGAUGCAGCAGCAGCAGCAGGAGGUGGGCGGCGGCUUCAUGGGGUCCUACCCGGGCUAUGUCAGCUACCCCAAGCACCACGUCGUGGCUUUCAAACCUGACCACAGAUGUGUGCUGGAGGGGGCCGGGGGCCGGCUGUUGCUGAAGAUAUCCAUGGCGCUCGUGCUCAUAGGGGCUCACCCUAACCUCUCCUUCCUCCAGGACAGCGGCAGGUACCUGGGCAUCAACCCCCAGCAGCCCAUCUCCUGCCGAGGAAACCCAGUGGACGUCCACCCCUUCACCUACGAGUCUCUGCAGGAGCCCGGCCUCUUCGCAAUGGGCCCCCUGGUGGGGGAUAAUUUUGUGCGGUUCCUCAAAGGAGGGGCCCUGAGCAUCGCCAGUGCACUCUCAAAGCGCCGCAGCAAGGAGGGGGUUCUGUCUGAGAACAGCUCAGGAGAGGCGGGCUCUUUCAGCUCUUUGGACACAUAGGAGGGAAGGACGGAAGAGACUUUGGAAGAGUCUGGAAUCGCUGGAAUGCAGCAGUCCGAGGGGAGCAGUGCAGUGUGCUGCUGGACUCCUCAAAGGACGCUGGGAAUGGCUUCAGGGUUUAGCGCAGAGUUGCUGCUCUUUCGCUGAUCUCUCAAUGCAGAGCAGGAGGAGGACUGCUGGAGUCGAAUGAAAGUCGCUUUCCUUUAACACCUCAUCAGUGAUGGCCAUUUCAUAUAGAGAAGAACCAUUGGAGAACGGGACUGUUUAGUUAAAUGUUUUUCUGUGUUUGUAAACCGUCUUUUGUCUUAAUUUGUUCGGUGGAGCUGCUGUGUCUUCUGUGUGUAACAGCCUUUAAAAACAGGAACAGUCCUGGGGUCUCUGCAUCUCCUCUCCAUCCAGCAGAGUCCUGGGGUCUCUGCCUCUCCUCUCCAUCCAGCAGAGUCCUGGGGUCUCUGCCUCUCCUCUCCAUCCAGCAGAGUCCUGGGGUCUCUGCAUCUCCUCUCCAUCCAGCAGAGUCCUGGGGUCUCUGCCUCUCCUCUCCAUCCAGCAGAGUCCUGGGGUCUCUGCAUCUCCUCUCCAUCCAGCAGAGUCCUGGGGUCUCUGCAUCUCCUGUCCACCUCCGUUGGUGCCAGCACAGCUGAGCUUGUUGGCCGUCAAGCCUGGUAUGGAUUACAGGGGGUGCUAAUAGAGAAGUCCUUGAAGUGUGUGAUCAGCAGAGUAAUUGCUAAUUGAGAAUGAGUUCAUGGUAAACCCACGGCAGGGUUAUGAUUGUGUCAGUUUGAAGCCAGUGUCUCUCAGGGAUGCCUUCUUUCUGUGUUACUCUUCAGGGUAGUUUUGCUCGGGCUGCAGUCCAUGUCAGAGAAGAUGUUCAUGCUGAAGUAAAGAACACUGCCAGCUCAACUGGUUUCUGCACUCCAGAUGUGUUUUUGUAAUCUUUUACACAACACUGCUGUUCAUUUUUCUCUAGACUCUACUUGAGUUGCAAACAGUCAAGAGACAGAUCUUUCAUUUCUGGUGAAACAAGUUUGUUGUCCAAUCUGGUAGAUGGUAGCUGAGUCUAAAUCUGUGCCAAUUCCAGUGCCUGUCUGGUUUUGGUAAUGCCUGCAAUAAAAUGGAACAAAACAUCUUGUAUUUUGGCUUGAGGAGACAAAGUCAGAGAUUUGUUCUC